UCCCCACCAGCGGCUAGUUUUCUGAAUCCUUUCCUGAGUUCGAUGCCAUGGCUCGGGAGGGCUUUCGGGCGUUGUUGGGGCUUCUCUCUAGCAUCCCUCUUCAGUUCCGGAAAGGGCACUUGGCAGCAACCAGAACAAGGAUCCUGUGUUAACCACUCCUAGUUCUGGCCAUCUUGACUCUGAAGUCACCAUGGCAAAUAAGGGAGAUUCCAUCAUCCGAAUCCCCCCAUACCACUUCAUCCAUGUGCUUGACCAGAACAGCAAUGUAUCCCGUGUGGAGGUUGGGCCCAAGACCUAUAUCCGGCAGGACAAUGAAAGGGUUCUGUUUUCCCCAGCACGUAUGGUUACAGUCCCACCACGACAUUACUGCAUUGUAGCUAACCCUGUAGCCCGAGAGAAAGGGGGCUCUGUGCUAUUUGAUGAUGCUACAGGACAAGUUCGACUUCGGCAUGCAGACCUGGAGAUCCGACUGGCCCAGGACCCCUUCCCACUGUAUCCAGGGGAGGAGCUGGAACAGGACGUAACCCCACUGCAGGUGGUCCUGCCCAAUACAGCACUGCACCUUAAGGCCUUACUUGACUUUGAAGAUGAGAAUGGGGACAGAAGAAUUGCAGGAGAUGAGUGGCUGUUUGAAGGGCCUGGCACUUACAUUCCCCAGAAGGAGGUAGAAGUGGUGGAGACGAUCCAGGCCACGGUGAUCCGACACAACCAGGCUCUUCGACUCCGGGCCCGAAAGGAAUGUCAGGAUCGGGAUGGCAAACAGAGGGUGACAGGAGAAGAAUGGUUGGUACGCUCAGUGGGAGCUUACCUCCCAGGCGUGUUUGAGGAAGUUCUGGACAUGGUCAACGCUGUGGUCCUCACAGACAAGAUAGCCCUGCACCUCCGGGCCCUGCAGAACUUCCGGGAUGUGAGAGGCCUGUUCCGCCACACAGGAGAAGAGUGGCUGGUCACCCAGGCAGACACAGAAGCCCACGUGCCUGACGUUUAUGAGGAGGUGCUGGGAAUUGUGAACAUCACCACCCUGGGUCCUCGGAACUACUGCGUGAUCCUGGACCCAGUGGGACUGGAUGGCAAAAACCAGCUGGGACUCAAACGCGUGGUGAAGGGGGAGAAAUCCUUCUUCCUUCAUCCUGGAGAGAGUUUAGAGGAAGGAAUCCAGGAGGUGUUUGUGCUGUCAGAGGAAGAAGGGCUGCUCCUGAGGGCGCUCCAGCCCCUGGAGGAAGGAGAUGAUGGGGAGAGUGGUGAGAAAAGGCGGGCCGGAGACCGCUGGCUGAUUCGGGGACCCCUGGAAUACGUCCCCCCCGCCAAAGUAGAAGUCAUAGAGCGGCGACAGGCCAUCCCUCUGGAUGAGAAUGAGGGCAUCUAUGUGAGAGAUGUCAAAACUGGCAAGGUCCGGGCUGUUGUCGGUAAAACCUAUAUGCUGACCCAAGAUGAAGAGCUGUGGGAGAAGGAGCUGCCCCCUGGGGUGGAAGAACUGCUGAGCAUGGGGCAGGACCCACUGGCAGACAGGGGUGCAGUAGCGGAACCAGGGAAGGGUGGUCCCCUCCCCCCCAGGGAUAAAACUCGAGUUGUGAGCUACCGAGUUCCUCACAAUGCAGCUGUGCAGGUGUAUGACUACAGGGAAAAGAAAGCACGGGUUGUGUUUGGACCAGAGCUGGUGUGCCUUGGCCCUGAGGAACAGUUCACAGUGUUGUCCCUCUCAGCUGGCCGGCCCAAGCGCCCCCAUGCCCGCCGAGCACUCUGCCUGUUGCUGGGGCCUGAUUUCUUUACUGACGUCAUCACCAUUGAAACGGCAGACCAUGCCCGGCUACAACUACAACUGGCUUACAACUGGCACUUUGAACUGGGAGACCGGAAUGACCCCCGAGAGGCUGCUCGGCUCUUCUCUGUCCCGGACUUUGUGGGCGAUGCCUGCAAAGCCAUUGCCUCCCGGGUGCGGGGGUCUGUGGCCUCAGUCACCUUUGAUGACUUCCAUAAGAAUUCAGCUCGUAUCAUCAGGAUGUCUGUCUUUGGUUUUGAUGGAGCAGAGAGGAAGGGUCCUGGGGAGGCUGCUAUGCCCCAGCCCCGGGACAGAGCUGUCUUUCCCCAGAAUGGGCUUGUGGUCAGUAGUGUGGAUGUCCAGUCUGUAGAACCCGUGGACCAGCGGACCCGGGAUGCCCUGCAGCGAAGUGUCCAGCUGGCCAUUGAAAUCACCACCAAUUCCCAAGAAGCUGCGGCCAAACAUGAGGCUCAGAGACUGGAGCAGGAGGCCCGGGGGCGGCUGGAGCGGCAGAAGAUCUUGGACCAAGCAGAAGCUGAGAAGGCACGAAAGGAGCUGCUGCUACUUGAAGCUGAGAGCACUGCUGUGGAAAGCACUGGGGCUGCUAAGGCAGAGGCGGAAUCUCGGGCGGAGGCCGCUCGGAUUGAGGGAGAAGGAGCCAUACUCCAGGCCAAACUGAAAGCGGAGGCUUUAGCCAUAGAAACGGAAGCCGAGUUACUUCGAGUGCAAAAAGCCAGGGAACAGGAGCUCACCUAUGCCAAGGCCCAGAUGGAGCUGGAACUGAACAAGGCGGAGAAACUUGCGGAAGUAGAGGUUAAAAAAUUCAAGGAGAUGACAGAGGCCCUGGGCUCCGGCACCAUCCGGGACCUUGCCCUGGCUGGGUCUGAACUACAGGUGAAACUGCUGCAAGGGCUUGGACUGAAAUCAACCCUGAUUACAGAUGGUUCCACUCCCAUCAAUCUCUUCAGCACAGCCACGGGGCUUCUGGGCCUUGGGGCACCUGGGUUUCCUACCGAGCCAGAGAGGAAGAAAGACACAGGGAAAUAGGGACUUCUCCCCCAGCUCCACUGGAGAGUUAGACUACUGUUCUCCCUGAAGUCCAAGGAGAGGGCUAGAUUCCUCUGCCUUAGUUUUUCACUGAAAAAUAAACCCUGUUUCAUUUAA